AUGGAAGCCCAUCUGUCCAAACCGAAUGGAAACGAUUAUCAUACCCAAAAUGGUGGCUCUAAAAGUGAUAGUCUAAAAUGUAGUUAUAAGAGUCCACUAUUUGGCGGCUACUUCUUAACCAGCGCCCCCUGCUAUUCCACAUGUGGCUUAUACAUAUUUGUAAGCAAUGCUUCUAGAGUACAUGUUUACAACUCCAAGGAUUUAUCUUACAAAUUUGUACUUCCUCCCACUGAUUCAAUCAUAAAUAUCGCAGUCUAUUGCUGUAGUAACGACUAUCUGCUAGUGCUUUCAAGGCUGGGCAAAUUAAUAGUCUAUAGGAUGGAUGAGGAAUACUCCAGUUUCGAUAAAUUUGCCGAGUAUAGUUUCACUGGGUUGGAGAUGCUGGAUAUGAAGGUGUCAAAAUUUGGCACGAUUUUUCUGGUAACCAGGCAUGAUUCCAACACCAUUGGCAUUUGUAAACUACAAUUGAACUUUAGUGUAUCGUGCACCGAGAUUGUGGAGUGCCGAGAUAAACUAGAGUAUAUAUGCAAAUUUGAUCGUGAUAUAAGCUGUUUUGCCAUAUCAUAUACCGGAGAAAUGAUCGCAGUUUCCGUAUACAAACUCUUAAUGGUAUUUAAGGUUGUCGAUAUGGGCAGUAUCAAUAUGAAUAAAUCAGCAAAUUUGGGUAAUUUGGUAAUGUAUUGCACGUUAUCUCUGCAUCAGAUUACAACUUUGUCAUUCCACCCAAGACAAAAUUAUCUGGCAUCCGGAGAUAUCACGGGCAAGGUUAUUACAUGGCACAUAAAACAAUACGAUAAUCAGUCAAUGGCGGUAAAUAAUCCACUUGUGUUUAGCGCCUCUUCCGUCGCCCUAAAUUAUAUUUCUACUGGAAUGAUGAGUAAUGAGGUUUGCCACAAAAGGAUGGGUUGCUUUUACCUAAUUAAUAACCCAGAUAAUCCCAUAUCUCCGCAUCCCAUUGCUGAAUCACUCAUCUCUAGUGAAAACUCAGGCAAAUCGCAGUUGAAAACUAUUGAUAAACAAUUGAAUGCCGUAAAUGAUGGCUCUGGUGUUGAAAAUUUCAUUGGGUUACUCGAAUGUGACACUAGGGUGUUACAUUGGCACGCCCAUGCAAUAAACAGUUUGGUCUUUACUAAUUGUGGUAGGUUUAUGCUAACAGGGGGUGAAGAGGCAGUUGUUGUAAUCUGGGAUUUGGAAAAUGGUACCAAACGUUUUAUCACGCGUUUGGAGUCUACGAUCUUUUAUAUUGUGAUAUCAACAGUGGAUAACAUUCCCACACAAUAUCUGGUUUCAUGUGGUAGCAAUUGCGUGAAGACUUUCGAUCCAAUUUUGCUGAUGCUCAAACAUACGAUUUUUGGCAUUCAAGUCCCCAUUGCCAUGUCAAUAGCAAAUUUUGACAAUUUGAAGGGAAUUGCAAGGAUUACUGAUCAAUUUACCCUAGCCAGUACAAGUGAUGGCGCUGAAAAUAUUGUUUGUGUUAAGCCCAUGAGACGAAAUAUCUACUUUCAAUCUCUGCCACUCAGUCCGAGCAAUUCUACUCCUUAUGGCCUAAUCGCACUAUCUAUUUCUGGAGUAAAACUUCAGUUUUUUAGCGUUGUUACUGGUGUUCAGCAUUCAUAUCUUGACUUUAUUGAUUCAAAUUACGUUAGUAGGAGUCAAGAGGAUUUUGGUUUCACAUAUCUUGUGGAGGAGAUAUGUAUCAGUAGAGAUUGCAGCAGGAUUGUCGCCAGCAGCUUCAGAAAUAUGUACCAUAGCGACAGAAUUAAAGAUUCCGUGGAUUCUGAGAAACGAAUUUUGCGUUUUUGGCACAAAAAACACGAUGAACUCGGUUACAUUGUUAAUACACAAGUAAACAACGUGCACAUUACGAGGGUUUUAAAUAUUAUCGAAUUAUCCCCCGAUAGUUUUGUAAGUGUUUCCACUUAUGACUGGAAAUUGUGGUCGUUUUGUGGGGAUUCUGAUAAGUGGAGUUGUACGUUUGCUGGGUCAUUCAAGGGAUUUACGAAUUAUACCGCAUGCUUAUCCAUUGAUAAAUCAUUAAUGGCUGUGUCCCAUGGUAUGCACUUGUCAUUUUGGUAUAGCGACUGUCAAUCACUAUUAUUGCACAAGAAAUUGUCAAACGAUGUAAUAAAUUGCGUUUGUUUUGUGGACCAUCAGCAUUUGCUCACAGCUACGGCGUUUGAUAUCUCUAUUUGGGACAUAUUUUCUGGAUUUAACGAGCCUAUCCAAACGUAUAGUUAUACACAUUACAAGAUUACGCAAUUAGUAUAUAAUGAAGUGUUACCCAAUGUGUUUGUCGUUAUUGUGGGAGAUAAGACACGUAGUAAAUUGGAGGUUUUCCAAAUAAAUACGGGAAGUUAUUCAUUCAGAUCUAUACACGCAGAAGAGCAAUGCAUUCCAAACGGGUAUAUAGCAUGUUGUCUGGCUAAAUUGCCAUUGUUUGCCGUAAACACUGCAAGUGAUAAUGUUGUUGGUGAUACUCGGGCCACUAUAAACGGUGUUUGUAUUGAACAAAUAGUCAAGUCUAGCGAUUAUCUGACUCUGUUAGUUGUGCUGCUGAAUAACCUGGAAUUCCGGACAUACACGAUUGAUGUAGAGACCCAUGCUAUUAGAGUUUGUGAAUAUUUGGUGCCCUCUAUUGCAAGUACGGGGAAUACGGCCGAAAAACGUCACUUGUUUGACGGUAUCGAUGUACCUGGCGAUGUUCGUAUGGGACAGUCGAUAAAAAGAGCAUCGAUGGUUAGGCCAUUUGAGGAAGACUGUCCAACAUUUGCUCUGCCCUCGCCAAAUGUUGUAUUUCAUCGCAUGGUAAGAUCGCUGCUCAAGCCACAAAACAGUUUCCCAAGCGCCAAAAAUGGCAUGUAA